GACGGGCUGCACCUCACAUACACCAGCUCACGAACAGAAAAAAGCAAGAACUUUCCCAACUUGGGACCGCAGUGCCUUCCACGUGGAACUGCAUUAAAGACCCCAGAAUCCGCCCAUUCACCAGCUACCCCGGCAGCAGCCCUCCUACACCUGGAGACGACCCUAAUUCACAGCAGCAUUGUGCGCAACACUGAGAAAGAAGCACGAAUUAACCGUUCCUUAGCCGAGGAACUCAGCGGAUCGUCCCGGGAAAGGACUGCGGAUUCGACGCGGACGGUGCCGUUUCUGCCUCCGGAUCUGCUUUUCCGACGUGCUCGGCUUUUCGCCCCGGCCAGGAUUCUGGAUAUGCAGCGGUCCGUGUGGACGAGGGGCUCAGGAUCCGGAUUCGCGUCCCAUCCGGUCUCGCUCCUUGCUGUCCACAUCUGCCCCAUCCCCGGCGAGCUCUCCGCCCUCUGCAGGGCCUCAGGGGGCCCCGGACCCUUUAGUGCUCGGACUGCGGGGCGCCGGAGCCUAGUUUCCGGGCGAGGCUCUUAGCCGCGUACCAACCGGAAGUGCCCGUGUUAUGACGGGAAGAGGUGCUUUCUGGGAACAGCAGGUGCUGAGGGGGUUGCAUGGUCCGCAAAGAUGAUUCAGGCGAUUUUGGUUUUCAACAACCACGGAAAGCCACGGCUGGUCCGCUUCUACCAGCGUUUCCCAGAAGAAAUCCAGCAGCAGAUUGUGCGGGAGACUUUCCACCUCGUCCUCAAGCGGGAUGACAACAUCUGUAACUUCCUGGAGGGUGGGAGUUUGAUUGGUGGCUCUGACUACAAACUGAUUUACCGGCACUAUGCUACCCUCUACUUUGUAUUUUGUGUGGAUUCGUCAGAGAGUGAACUUGGGAUCUUGGACCUCAUCCAGGUGCACUACAUCCUCCAGGAGGUGGUGAUGGGGGGCAUGGUGCUGGAGACAAACAUGAACGAGAUCGUGGCCCAGAUCGAGGCUCAGAACAGGCUGGAGAAAGCCGAGGGCGGCCUCUCAGCAGCCCCUGCGCGGGCCGUGUCUGCUGUGAAGAACAUCAACCUGCCCGAGAUCCCGCGCAACAUCAACAUCGGCGACCUCAACAUCAAAGUCCCCAACCUGUCCCAGUUUGUGUGAGGGUGCAGGAGCGGGUGAACUGGAGCCCUGGAGUGAGCAAAGCCAAAUCAGUCCAGAAGCAGAACCGUUUUGAGCCUUAGAAGUCAGAGGUCGGGACCUGAGCCUUUCUGUGUGGCGUGCAAUGGGAAGGGGGUUCACGCUUCCACAGCUGGGCUCUGCUCUGACCUGUGGCCUCUGCGGAUGGGAGGGCCUUGCCUUCCUCGGUGGGCAUUGGCCCAGGCCACUCGCACCUUCGCCUCCCCUACCACGCUCCAGGGACUGCCUCCCGCGGCCGCUUGCUUCUCUGAGCCCACCACCAGGACCAAGCGCGGUCCCUGGCUGGAGUCUUCAGCCUUAGCUGAAGCUGAGCUCCAGGUGUGAGGUCCUUAGCACUUCCUGGGGGUGAGGCACCUCAGGAAGAGGGCUGGCCCUUCAGAUUUGGGGUGUCGGGGUGGCAGGUAAGGGCAGGGCCUUACGAGAGCCGCCCCUCCGCUGGCUCUGCAGGUGCGUCACACCUCUGCAGAGCGUUCUCCCCACCUUCACCGCCCCACUUGUCACAGGUGUGGAGGGGCAGGACACAGUCCAGAUCAGAGGCCUGGGGCAUGCCCACCUCCCUUCUGUGGGUAGGGCGAGCACCCCAUCCAUGUGCCAGAGAGGUCCCUGGGUCGUGAGGAGGGCCCCGAGGCUGCAGAAGGCUGCAGCUGACGGCCUGUGGAACAUCCCAGAACUGGGACGCUCUCCAAGUCUGAAAUACACUCUCCUCACGGGAGCAGAAGGCCCA